CUUAUAAAUUGUAUGGCAUUUAUUUGGCAUUCAAUGUGUACCGUCAUCCGUCAUUGCUCAGAGGGCUGAUCUUAGUCUGGCUCGUGGUGCCUAAUUAAAGCGAAAUAUUGGUCUCUUGUUCCCGCUUCCGUAAAACCGUGCACGAAGUAGUAUUUUCCGCAGGCCGAAAAGGGAGGAAAACCAAUAAAGGGCGCGAUUCAUUUUUUUUCUUUCCUCUCCCCAGGAACGACGGACGACAACGAGAUAUCGAGCCUCGAAAGUCUUCGCGAUCGAUUCCAUGGACCAGAGGCCAUGGAGGGGACACAAUUUAUAUCCUCGAUAAAUUCCUUUUCGCUUUCAUUAGCGGUCUUGUCCGGCCUAUACCAUCCCCGCGAGAAAGUACCCCAUGGUGGUACAUACGCGAUCAAAGUACUUAAAGAGAAGCAAAAUGAAGAUUGCCGUAUUCAUCGCUUGUAUGUUGACAAUAAUUCAUGCCGAUGAAAUCGUAACCGGAAAAAAGUUCAUAGAAAAAUUAGUGGAAUGUGAAAAACAAAUUCUGAAAGUGCCGGGCUUGCAGGUGGAGCAUAAUGUUGGCGCGAUUUACUGUGCAACGAAAAAAGUAGGCGGUAUCGACAACAAAGAUGUACCGAUUAAAGAAAGAAUUCUAAAGAACUGUGAAACUCUCAUAUCUGAUCCAGUCAAAGUAAAGCAGUGCAAAGACAUCUGUGACACAUGCAUAAUUGAAGCGUAUAAGGGUCCAGGAAGUAAUCUUGAAAGAACAAUGAAAGCCAUACAUUGCGUAAUAUCGUACGAUUUAAUAUCCUUUAUCGACAAAGAAUAAAAAAAUAUAUACGAAGUUUCCUUCAUUAAACGCAUUUCACCUAAAUAACAGAUUUUUUGGCCAAUUUUGAGACAAUUCUUUUGAGCAAAAAUAUCGGCGAAAAUCGUAUUUCAUCGCGAUCUUCUCCCUUCUUCUUAUUUUUAUUUGAAAGUUAUGCUAUCCUGAUAUUUUUGUAACAAAACAAUCAAUCCAAAAUAGCAAAGAAAUUCAUAAUACAAAAAAAAAUGUGUUUAAUGCAUAGACAUCCUGUAUAACAUCAAUGGAAAAUGACAAUUAAAUCGUAUAUUUCGAUACUUCUUAUUUUACGCUGAUAAAUAUUUGAGGGAUUCGAGAUAUACGGCCUGUCAAUUAUUGUUAAAUUGAAACUUAAAUAAAUUUAAUAAAUU